AAUGCGACUACUUCCAACAUUAAAAUAACCCUAUCGCUUUCAAAAUUCAGAUUAACAAAUUAACAAAAUUAUACGAAAAGACUUUUAGGAAACCCAUCAUUUUCGAUUUACAAAUAACAAAAGAUAUAUAAUUUUCAAAGUGAAAAGGAAAACAUUCAGGAAAUUUUUAUGUCAAUAAAUAUACUGCUCUAAAUAAGGUGUAUACAAAGCAAACUUUGAUGAAUGAACAAAUAUUGCGAUCAAAACACGCUUUGCAUUGUGAAAACAAAUAUGAGAUAUUAAGCUUUGUUACAUGCCGUCAUUCGGAACUCAAUUACAAUACUGGGUCGAUAAAAACGCCCACUAAUUGAACAGGAAGAUACUGAAGUAAACAUAAGAGGGAAUCCAAAUAAGCACGCGCAAAGUGUUUUUCGAGGAAAGUAACCCUCAUCACGUUGAGAUGGCAUAAUCUCGUAAGAGGAGGGCAUCCCGCCUAAUACUGCGCCCUUUCACCCACUAGAAACCCCCCGUUAUAAAAGUCUCCUUUCGGAUGGGCUCCUCGCCAUAUCAGUGCGGCGUAGUGAUGACUAGCCUACUCGGAGUCAAGGUAUUUGCGUGCCUUGUACUGAUAUGUAUUGUGCUAUUCUCUGAUUGCAUCCGUGUGAUUGCCGAGGAAGGAGUGUUAAGGCAAACGUUGCUCUUGUACCUCCAUAUCUUGUCUUUAGGAGCGUGGAUUGGAAUGCAGGCAUGGGUUAUAGGCGUCGCAGGUAUCGUGAUGUAUCUUAACAUGCCACGUCACGUGUUUGGUCACAUCCAAUCAAAGCUCUGGCCUUUGUUCUACUGUCUCGGUUCAGGCCUUUCUCUACUCGGGAUACUCACGAACACCGCUGCAAUGAACACAACUGCGAAGAAAAAUUCGCGAGAGGAGAUUCAGCAGGUGUCUGGUCUCUUGAUGUCCCUCAUUUGUUGCUUGCUGAAUGCAUUCUUGUUGGAACCACGUGGAACUCGGUUAUGGAUGGCGCGCUUCGACUACGAGCAGAAGCAGGGUUACGGGCAAGAAGUGGGCCCUCUCAAGAAUAAAGAAGGAUUGAAGACGAAACGGUACAAAGAGCUGACGGACAAGUUUGCGCGAGUACAUGGCUGCUCUUCCAUUGUUACCGUGUUUGCCUUUGUGGGCUGUCUCGUCCACCUUGGAUAUCUAACGCAUCACCUAGUGAGCACGUAAACAGCACGAGGGCUUGAUCUAUUCGCCAUGUGCUGUGGUAUGUUUAAAAGGCCAGAACUAAACAGAAAGCAAAAUUUGUAAUUGUGGCCCUCGAAAUUCAACAAAUAAGUUCAGCCAAAUUCUUUUGUGCAAUUUUGGAAAAUUAUUCCAACAGCAAAGUUAGGCUGUGGUGUGGCUAUCUGAGGCGUCUACUCACUCGUUCUCACUUGUUCAUUGUCGUCGACAUUUCAGUUCUGGAAAUAGUCCGGUCGCUUUCUGUUUCAAUCUAUACAUAGAGGACAAAAGCAGCAAACUAGGCAUAAAGAUAGCCAAGAGGACGCUAAUAAAUAUUGAGACCGGUCCCCACCGGUACCACUUGAGGGUUUUGUGUGCUAACCGAAUAAAAAUUAGAAAAAAAGCGU